AGCUUUGCAAACGUGUUUGUUGUAGGGCUAUUGUAUGGGUUUUCCUUAGCCUUCUUUGUACAUGAGUUGCUUAUAUGUUGUCCAUGCCCUCCAAUUAAAAAGUAUUGCACAUCUAUGCUGUAAUAUUGAAAUUACGAUGUGUUGGACAGUUUUGAAGGCAUCAUCACAUCGUGCUAGGCACAAUGAUUAGGAUACGAAGGAUGUGUCCUGCGCAUGCGCACAGUCAGAAGCGGAAUCGUGGCUGUGUUAGCAUCUAGAGCUAGCGGACUGGUUGGGGAACACGGUGUGGAGGAAGGCGUCCUGCGCACUGUAGGCAGAAAGAUAUCGGCGACUUCAAAUAUCCCCAGCUAAUCCUUGAGCUAACCAUUAUCCCUCCAUGCUGUCCGGGAAAGGAAGAUAACUGUAAUAACCCCGCACUGCCAAUUAGCCACCGUGCAAGACAGAUAGGCUGGGAACUGCGUUUUGCAUAUAGAGUCUUCCUUUCUGACAGAAUCACUUUUCUGUUUUGAAUAUUAAGAAUAUAGCUGCAACCUCGACUAACCUUACUUCUUGUAAGAAUGAGGUUGCCGAGCAACAGACAAUGUGCGAUGGAAGGAGAUGGAAAGAAGAUGGACCAAGCUCCUCCGUUCAGAAACCCUUUUGUGCACGUCUUGAAAUUCACCCCUCUGGAAAAGGCAAAGAUUGCAUUAAUGACAGUCACACUGUUCCCCAUCCGUCUGCUCAUGGCUGCAUUCAUGAUGCUGCUGGCUUGGCCUUUUGCCUUCCUGGCCUCAGUAGGGCGCUCAGAGACCACCGUCGAACCCCAGUGCCUCUGGAGGAGACUGGUGGACAUAAUUCUGAAGAUCAUCAUGCGGGUCAUGUGGUUUGCGGGAGGUUUCCAUUGGAUGACCGUGAAAGGGCGAAGAGCAUUGCCUGCAGAAGCACCCAUCCUCACUCUGGCACCCCACUCUUCGUACUUUGAUGCCAUUCCAGUCACAAUGACAAUGGCCUCAAUUGUCAUGAAGGCUGAGAGCAAGGAUAUACCUCUCUGGGGCACUUUGAUUAAGUACAUCAGGCCAGUGUUUGUAUCACGGUCAGACCAGGACUCCAGAAAGAAGACUGUGGAGGAGAUCAAACGCAGAGCCCACUCUGGGGGGGAAUGGCCUCAGAUCAUGAUUUUUCCAGAAGGAACAUGCACCAAUAGAUCAUGUCUAAUCACCUUUAAGCCAGGGGCCUUCAUCCCAACUGUACCAGUGCAGCCUGUGGUAAUUCGUUACCCUAAUAAACUGGACACAAUCACAUGGACGUGGCAAGGGCCUGGAGCGUUUGAAAUCUUGUGGCUGACACUCUGCCAGUUGCACAACGAGUUUGUGAUCGAGUUUCUUCCAAUCUACGCACCCUCAGAGGAGGAGAAAAAGAACCCUGCUCUCUUUGCUAUCAAUGUGAGACGUGUCAUGGCCAAAGCCCUGGGGGUACCCAUCACAGAUUAUUCAUUUGAAGACUGCCAGCUGGCCAUGGCAGAAGGCCAGCUGAAACUGCCAGUCGACACCUGUCUGCUGGAGUAUGCCAAGCUCAUCAGGAGACUGGGGUUGAAACCCCGGAACACUGAGAAGGUUCUGCAGGAGUAUGGGAACAGAGCCAGGAAGCUGGAGGGGCGGAAGCUGGACUUGGAUGACUUUGCUCAGUUCCUCGAUAUGCCAGUUUCAGACAUGCUGCGAGACAUGUUCGCUCUUUUUGAUGAGCAUGACGAUAACUGUAUGGAUAUCAGAGAAUAUGUGAUAGCCUUAUCUGUCGUAUGCAGACCUGCCAAAACUCUGGAAACAAUGAAAUUGGCCUUCAAGAUGUUUGAGGCAGAGGAGGACGGUGCCAUCACAGAGAUGGAGUUGGCAGUUAUCCUGAAGACGGCUUUAGGAGUGACUCACCUCAGCGUGUCACGUCUGUUUACUGCCAUCGAUGCUAAAGACACGGGGAAGAUCACAUUUGACAAGUUCAGAAGCUUUGUGGAGCAGCACCCAGACUUUGCUGAGGAGUACCUGUACAUGGAAAACGCAGGACUCCACAGCAGUCCCUGCCAUGGUCACCAAACAAAGCCCAGCCUGUCUUCCCCGAACCUGCAAGGCACUGCCACCACCAAAACAGCCAAUGGUAUCUGCCCUGACUUCAGCCCCAAUGACCAUGGCACAAUAGAUGGACUGCUCAAGAAACACAACUAAAAGGGUUUAAAAAUGUAGUGGGAGCAAACUAACACCUCUCCUGGUGAGAGGGUGUUGUGUGUGGGUGGGCGGAGGUUAGUUACUUGUUAGUUAGUAACUUGUUUGAACAGUAAGGGACUACAUUUCAGUAACCACAACUACAAAAAUGAAGAAGUUUACCUUACCCUUUUUUAUUAGUAUUGUGUCCAUGAAAUUCCUGAGGUUUUUUUCAGCCUGUUUAUUUUGUUAUAAAUUCCUUUUUUUUAUUUUUUCAUAGCAAGGAUUGUCAAAAUGCCAAACAAUGGCUGUUUCAGAAACAAUGCUUGAAUACUUGAAGGGCAAGCAUUUAUAAAAAAAUCCUGGAGCAAAUGUUUUAUUUAUUUAUUUUUUUGCUUUUCCCUCCAACAUAGUACUAACUGUGCAUGUUUUUAACAUGAGGGAAGCAAGAAAAAAAACAGUGAAGAUACCUAAUUCUUAGUGAAAUCAGUGUUCGAUUCUCUUUUAUUUGUAACUGUUAUGUAUUUUCUCUCUUUAAUGGUAGCUGCCUUUUUAACUGAAAGUGCAGAAUGCAUGGGCUCAUGUCAUUUUGAGCAGUACUGAGGAUUAUUUAUCUAAAGAAGGAAUGCCUGAGAGUACCAGUGACAAUUGUGACUACUCUAAGUGUUUAGCUACAGCAGCCACAUUUGAGGUGAACUCAGGUCUCUGUGAGUUGACGGCUAUAAUUGCUAUGAGCCUGUUAUGCAGUGCAUCCGGAAAGUAUUCACAGCACUUCACCUUUUCCACAUUUUGUUAUGAUACAGCCUUAUUCCAAAAUGGAUUAAAUUCAUUAUUUUCUUCAAAAUUCUACAAACAAUACCCCAUAAUGACAACGUGAAAGAAGUUUUGUUUUGAAAUCUUUGCAAAGUUAUUAAAAAUAAACGAAAAAAUCACAUGUACAUAAGUAUUCACAGCCUUUGCCAUGACACUCAAUUGAGCUCAGGUGCAUCCUGUUUCCACUGAUCAUCCUUGAGAUGUUUCUACAACUUGAUUGGAGUUGACCUGUGGUAAAUUCAGUUGAUUGGACAUGAUUUGGAAAGGCACACACCUGUCUAUAUAAGGUCCCACAGUUAACAGUGCAUGUCAGAGCACAAACCAAGCCAUGAAGUCCAAGGAAUUGUCUGUAGAUCUCUGAGACAGGAUUGUAUUGAGGCACACAUCUGAGAAAGGGUACAGAAAAAUUUCUGCAGCAUUGAAGGUCCCAAUGAGCACAGUGGCCUCCAUCAUCUGUAAAUGGAAGAAGUUUGGAACCACCAGGACUCUUCCUAGAGCUUGCCGCCCGGCCAAACUGAGCAAUCGGGGAGAAGGGCCUUAGUCAGGGAGGCGACCAAGAACCCGAUGGUCACUCUGACAGAGCUCCAGCGUUUCUCUGUGGAGAGAGGAGAACCUUCCAGAAGAACAACCAUCUCUGCAGCACUCCACCAAUCAGGCCUGUAUGGUAGAGUGGCCAGACGGAAGCCACUCCUCAGUAAAAGGCACGUGACAGCCCGCCUGGAGUUUGCCAAAAGGCACCUGAAGGACUCUAAGACCAUGAGAAACAAAAUUCUCUGGUCUGCUGAAACAAAGAUUGAACUCUUUGGCCUGAAUGGCAAGCGUCAUGUCUGGAGGAAACCAGGCAGCGCUCAUCACCUCAGCAUGGUAGUGGCAGCAUUAUGCUGUGGGGAUGUUUUUCAACGGCAGGAACUGGGAGACUAGUCAGGAUUGAGGGAAAGAUGAAUGCAGCAAUGUACAGAGAACUUCCUUGAUGAAAACCGGCUCCAGAGUGCUCUGGACAACUGUCUGGGACAACUCUGUGAAUAUUCUUGAGUGGCCCAGCCAGAGCCCAGACUUGAACCCGACUGAACAUCUCUGGAGAGAUCUGAAAAUGGCUGUGCACUGAUGCUCCCCAUCCAGCCUGAUGGAGCUUCAUCAGGCUCCUGAAGGUCCUGCAAAGAAGAAUGGGAGAAACUGCCUAAAAAUAGGUGUGCAAAGCUUGUAGCAUCAUACUCAAAAAAAAAAAAAAAACUUGAGGCUGUAAUUGGUGCAAAAUUUGCUUCAACAAAGUAUUGAGCAAAGGCUGUGAAUACUUAUUUAUAUGUGAUUUAUUUUUGUUUGUUUGUGGGUUUUUUUAUAUAAAUUUGCAAAGAUUUCAAGCAAACUUCUUUCACGUUGUCAUUACGGGGUAUUGUACGCGCAAAAUAAUGAAUUUAAUGCAUUUUGGAAUAAGGCUGUAACAACAAUGUGGAGAAAGUGAAGAGCUUUGAAUACUUUCCGGAUGCACUGUAUAUACAAUGAUAUUUGAUUUAGCUCAGGGUUUAGUGACAAAAAUGAAAAAUUGUAUGAUGUCAUCAUUUUUGACGCUCACUGGGUUAUGUGCAUUGCUUUUUUUUCUUACAUCAGUACUUUUCUGCCCAGUUAUUCCUCAUUCACAUUAACUUCACCAAUGUUAUUUCUUUCAGGUUGGCAAAUUCAAGUGUCUAUUUUUUUUUUUUUUUUUUUUUUUUUGUUGUUGUUGAAAUUACAAAACGUGGACCAAAAAUGCAUUGGGUGAUUUAAUGUCACCUGUCUUGUUUGUACUGUCCUUCUCAGUCAGUGUAAUGGCUAUAAAGGGGGGAAAGUCACAAUGUGUGGCCAGUGAAAGCACAUUCAGUUAGGUGGCUUUGUUGGGUAUUCUAAAGGCAAGGUCAGACUACUUCCCUUUCUGCUGUACACUGCUACAUUUUUAAUCAUUCCUACCCUUUUCACAGCAUGUUAUUCCUCAGUCUGUUCCAGUAUGUGUUGGAAGGAUGUAACACUUAAACAUUGCCCCCUUAGUCACCUGUAAAUUUGACAUUCAUGCUAUGUUUCAGAUGUGCAUGGGAGAAACUGUGAUGUUUUUAUUCACUAACAAUCAUGUUUUAAAAGAGAUCCAAGCACCUUUGCAUCUAAUCACAUUUGAGGGACCAGACUGGAAUUGGAAAAUAUCCACCUGUGGUCAUAUGUAUGCCCUGUUUAUAAGUUUUCGCUAAUGGUGGUAUAACUGGCACAAAAAUAUUUGUUGCUGAAUGUGUUUUAAUUACUUCUUAGUACCAUAAAAUGUGUUUAACAUCAUUAAACAUAUUUCAUAUUGAAUUAAAAUGAAGGGAUAUUUAAGACUACACAUUUUAUCUCAAAUCAGGCCAAUAGUAGAGCUGUUCAUUAGUCUUUAGUGGUCUUUAAAUGAUUGGUUUUAGGACCCAGUUACCUUGAUUAAUAUGGGAAAGAAAUUCUCCCCUAACAUUUUUUUGAUUUGUCCAUUACUCUGUUCUUUGAUGUCUGAUCUUAAUUCAACAAACUUGAAAUUACAAUCAACUUUUGGACGUGUUGACAAAACAUUUCACACACAAUGAUGCUCAUUUCAAUCAUUUGCCAACAAUUAAUUGGCUGGUUUUCAUAUUCUUUCUGUCUCUGGAAGCACACAAAAUGACCUAAUGCUUAAAAAAAAACACAAAAUGAAAGGUAGAUUAUGCUGCAACUUCUCUCAAAUUGUACAGUGCUUUAGGUCAUGCCAUUUUAUGGCAACUAUUUGUUAAAGGGAAUACCUAUCCUGAACAGAUGAAAUGCAUUAGAAUCUGUUUGUAGCCAGUUGUACCUGGGUUCAUGGUUUGAUUCUGUUCAUUUUUAGUUAUGGAUAUCACAUAAGGAUUUUACAACUUAAUGUUUUGGGUUUUUUUUUUUUUUGUUUCUGUCGGUGAGCCUCACAUUCCCACCACAUUCAUAACCAUGCAUACUAUACAAGUAUCCCCGUUAUAGCUUUCAGUGAAGCAAUAUUUCACAUCUCUUAAGCCUUCUCAAGAUGUAUGCUUUUGAAGAGUUCUGAUAUGUAUUUUGAAUAUUCCAAAUGCAGGACAUUUUGUGAAUUUUUGAUAUACGUAUAUGAAUGAUUUUUAUUUUCACUGCCAUGACAAAGAUCUGUGAUCUUCUCUCCUCUGCAGAUUGUAUUGAUGGUGAAAAAUGAGCCACAUUUCUUUUUCCCUUUGUAUAAUACUGCAAUUGUUUUGUGCUGUAUUCCUCCUAAACAGUGUAAAGUUUUAUUGUUGUUAUAUUACUAUUAUUAUUACUUAUGACUGCUUAGAAACAAAAUGCAGAUUUCUUAUGGAAACCGAUAGCCUUGAAUCUAUAGAAUUUUUAUGCUAAAAAAAGAGAAUGUAUAGACAAUCUUGUCACAAUCAGAAGCUACUCAAAGCGCUGAUCUCCAGUGGAUAUUUUACGAAGAAAUCAUGGUUUUCAAAUUUUUAUCCUGUUAGAAUCCUCUCUCCAUUGACUGUUUUAUGCUUAAGGUGUGCAGGUUGAAAUAAGCAAAGUGUGAGUGUGUCAGGCCUUGAGGUGAUGUCUGCCACCACAUGACGGGCCGCACCACACAAACACUCCAGACGCACAUAUAAACUAACAUAUGUUAAAUCACAGUCUGAGUAUUUCCCCCCUUAGUAUUUUUUAAAUUAUGCGUAUUUGUGCUUGCACUUUAGAUUAUUUUCUUUAUUUUUUAAAGAAAUACCACAUUGCUGUAAAGCAUGUUAAGUUUGUAGGUAACAGUAUUGUAGCUCAGUUUUGUUAAUGUGUAUAGUUUUUUUUACAUUUGUUCAUUUGCUGCAAUAAUGGGAGCACAGAGGAAAUUUAGAAUCACACAUUAAAGGAAGCUACCCCUUGCCCCACAUUUGUUUUUGUACUGUAAGAAAGAGUUUGGUUAGUUUAAACCCACUUUUUAGACCUACUUUUCUCCUUUUAUAUCAGGAUUGUGGAAAUUUUGUAGCUUCAAAUGUGCAGGACUUAGCCACAACCUAUAGAUUUGAAGGACAAAAAACAGUUUGCACCGUGGAAUGGAUAAGUAUUAAAUGUGCUCCUAAGUCAUGUGAUUUUACAAGUGGUUAAUUACACAAUUCACUCUGUAUGUACAAGAGAAACCAUACUGUUUUUGUACAUAGGUGGGGAAUCUGAUUUAUGAAUUACAACUGAAACAAAGAAUUGAUAUUCAAUACCUGACCCAGAAUGAAAUGUAUUGAGCCACAGUAACUCCUCAUGCAGUUUUGUUUGUUUAUUUUAAACAUAAAUGUCCAUUUGAAGGUCUAAAGGAUAUAUUUCAUCAGCAAGUCAAAUAUGUACAUUUAUAUAUUCAAUAGUUACAUUAAGAACAAUUCCACAUUGGCGCUGUAUGAAAAUACUGGUUCGAUUUCUUUUCACACUUGUUUCACUUCCCUUUAUUUCAAAUACCUCAGUAGAGGAGAAUCUCAAUUUUUCUACUUGUUGUCAGUCUGAGAAAAUAUAAACCUGCAAGAGAUAAACUUGUAUGUAUGCUACUGCUGCCUGCUUACCGCAGUUUGUCCAGCAGUGAGCCUAGGACGAAAGACUUGUGUACUCGGACAGAGCGAUAGAAUCUUUCUGAUGGCUCAUUGUCUGUGGACCAAGAAACUGAACUCUGUUUUCUCUGUGGCUUUACUUCAUGUCUUUUUCUAUACUCAACAGGUUUUAUUUUAUUAAUGCAUUUUGAUGAUGAAGAGUCAUUACUGCAAGCUACUUUGAAUUUGUCUCUUCAGGACUGCUAUGAUAUAACUUGUUAAUGUGACUCUUGGAUCGAAUUAAAAAAACGUUAACACGC